UUUGACUUCGCGAUUCCGAUCACGCUUCAACCUAAACAUUUAGGUAGACCAAUUCGACAGAUACAGAAGCUGCGUGCAGAUACCAACAACAAACAACUGUAGUUGGUGAUGAAGCAAGAGCCAAUGUGUCUGUAUAUCAAUAUCAGAGGAACAAAGAGAGCAGGACAACGACUGCGCCGCGAGUAGUUUGUAAUUAAAGGGUUCCCCCAACUUUCUCGAUAUCGAAUAGUUACCCUGAUCCUCGUCAAAGUCACGUGAAAUAAUAUGAGUCACGUGGAAAAACUUUGGCGAGCCCGGAAAAGUUGAAAACUUUGCCCCGGUCCUCAUUUUUUCAUACUCAUCGCAACAGCUCCGAAAGACGACACAAUGGCAGAGUCUUCGCUCGAGUACUGGGCUAGUGCUCUGCGCAGCUCGACAAUUGCUGCUUUACCGACCGAUUUCGUUCGUCCCGCUCCGAUUACCGUCGUCGAAUCCAAGCACGUUCUCGAGCUCUCGGAUGAUGUCCUCAAAGCCAUUCAACGGCUCGCUAUCGUUGAUGGUGAUUCCACAGAGUCUUUCUCGACCUACACCAUUGCCCUGACUGCUUUCAUUGUUCUGGUCUUCCGUCUCACCGGUGACGAAGACAUUGUCAUUGGUGCCAACAGCACGAACAACGAGCCUCUCGUCAUUCGCGCUGGUGUCACCGGACAGCUCUCGUUCAUUGAGCUUUUGAAGACUGUUCAUAAGCUCGAGCUUGAGGGUGCCAAGAAGACUGUGCCUUUCUCUGAUCUGAUUGCACACAUCCAGCAAAAAUCCAAGUCAGCUGAUGCUCCGGUUCUCUUCCGCCUUUCAUUCUUGCGAUCGGAUGAUGCCUCCCAAAGACAUCUUCUUGCUCCGAUUGAGGGUCUAGUCACAGAUCUGACAGUGUUCGUCGACGAGACGUCGUCCAAGCCGAACCUCCAUUUCCAUUACAACUCCCUUCUUUUCCGCAACGAUCGCAUUGCAAUUAUCGCCGAACAGCUUACUCAGAUUAUUGUUCUCGGCUCUGCGAGUCCAUCUGCUACGGUUGGUGCAAUCUCAAUCACAACUGAGAGACAGAAAGCCGUGCUGCCCGAUCCCACAUGCGACCUCCACUGGGGCGAGUUCCGGGGUGCAAUCCACGAUAUUUUCUCCGCAAACGCCAAGGCUCAUCCUGACCGCCUUUGUGUUCUUGAGACGAAGAACCCGUUUGAUGACAGCACGAAAGAUCGCCCGUUCACUUAUCAAAUGAUCGACGAGGCUUCUAACAUUCUCGCUCACAAUCUGAUUGCAAAGGGCAUCUCUCUCGGAGAUGUUGUCACUGUCUACGCCUACCGUGGCGUCGACCUCGUUGUCUCUGUCAUGGGUGUCUUGAAGGCCGGUGCGACGUUUUCCGUCAUUGAUCCGGCGUACCCUGCGGCCCGACAAAACAUCUACCUCACAGUCGCCCAACCCAAGGGUCUUAUUGUCUUGCGCAAGGCUGGUGUCUUGGCGCAAUCAGUGCGCAAAUACAUUGAGACCGAGUUGAACCUGCUGGCUGACAUCCCUUCACUUGAGAUUCAGGACGAUGGUAGCCUUCUCGGUGGAGAAGUUGACGGGAAAGACAUUUUCGCUCCCCAGGUGGCUUUGAAGGCCAAGCCUACUGGUGUCGUUGUCGGGCCCGACAGCACUCCUACGCUAUCAUUCACUUCUGGUAGUGAAGGUAUCCCGAAGGGAGUUCGUGGUCGUCAUUUCUCUUUGACUUACUACUUUCCCUGGAUGUCGAAGACCUUUGGCCUCUCAGACAAGGAUAAGUUCACCAUGCUUAGUGGUAUCGCCCACGACCCUAUUCAGCGCGACAUCUUCACGCCUCUCUUCCUUGGUGCACACCUCCUUGUCCCAACAUCGGAUGAUAUUGGAACGCCAGGUCGCUUGGCUGAGUGGAUGGCGGAAAACGGUGCUACCGUUACCCAUUUGACUCCGGCUAUGGGUCAGCUUCUCUCGGCUCAAGCUACUGCUGCCAUCCCCUCACUGCAUCAUGCGUUUUUUGUUGGUGACAUUCUCACCAAGCGUGAUUGUCUACGUCUGCAGGCUUUGGCGCGUAAUGUUUUUAUUGUGAACAUGUACGGUACUACUGAAACUCAGCGUGCAGUCUCGUACUUUGAGGUUGCAGCUCUUUCUAAAGAUCCUACAUUCUUGCAAUCCCAGAAAGACGUUAUUGUUGCUGGAAAGGGUAUGCUUGACGUCCAGCUAGUCGUUGUCAACAGAAAUGACAGACAGCAGACAUGCGGUGUCGGAGAAGUCGGUGAGAUCUACGUGCGUGCUGGUGGAUUAGCUGAAGGCUAUCUGCGUCUGCCUGAGUUGACUGCCGAGAAAUUCGUCAAAUCUUGGUUUGUGCCAGAGGGUACAUGGAAGAAUACCGCAACCAACGAGCCCUGGAGCGGGUAUUGGCAAGGUCCUCGCGAUCGUCUCUACCGAACCGGUGAUCUUGGCCGAUAUACCCCUGAUGGUAAUGUGGAAUGUAGUGGACGCGCUGAUGAUCAAGUGAAGAUCCGCGGCUUCCGCAUCGAGCUUGGAGAGAUUGACACUCACUUGUCUCAGCAUCCCAUGGUGCGGGAGAACGUUACUCUUGUCAAACGUGACAAGGACGAGGAGCCUACCUUGAUCUCCUACAUUGUGCCCCACAGCACGGAGUCUUUGAACGACUUGCUUUCAGGCCAUGAGAGUUUGGAGGAAGAGUCUGAUCCCAUCGUCAAGGGAUUGGUCAAAUACAGAAGACUAAUCCGUGACGUGAGAGAUUAUCUCAAGACCAAGCUUCCUUCUUACGCGGUGCCUACCGUUAUCGUUCCUCUGAGCCGCAUGCCGCUCAACCCCAACGGUAAAGUUGACAAGCCUGCUCUUCCUUUCCCGGAUACGAUUCAGCUUGCCGCUGUGGCAAAGCGCACUCGCAACGCAACACAGUCGAGUGAAGAGUCUUCAUUCACUCCCACUGAGGCUGCUAUCAGAGAUGUUUGGCUUGAGGUUCUGCCGCAGCGUCCGGCUUCUCUUGCACCCUCGGACUCCUUCUUCGACGUCGGUGGGCACUCCAUUCUUGCUACACGCAUGAUUUUCGAGGUUAGAAAGAAGUUCGUCGUUGAUCUGCCGCUUGGAUUCAUCUAUAGCCAUCCUACAAUUGCGGCUUUGGCUCAGGAGAUUGAGAGAAUCCGCGGCAAGGAUCUCCCAGUUUCGGAGCCAGAACCUACCUCCAAGGCUACCAGUGCUAGCGAUGACUCGGAAUACUUUGCAGAUGCCAAGAAGAUCGUUCAAGAGUUGCUUCCUGCUAAGUACAGCUCCUUGAAGGAACCCGUCGUUCCCGGUAAACCGACGACGGUUUUUCUUACCGGUGCUACCGGAUUUUUGGGUACCUAUAUUGCUCGUGAUCUUUUGGUCUCCCACGGCAAGGGCGAGAUCAAACUUAUCGUGCAUGUUCGUGCAAAGACCCCCGAAGCGGGAUUCGAUAGAUUCAAGUCGAGUGCGAUUGCUUACGGUGUCUGGGAGGAUUCGUUCGCCUCGAAGGUCACUGUCGUGACUGGAUCGCUGGAGAAGGAAAAUCUAGGAAUUGACCCGGAGACCUGGAAGAAGCUGACAAAUGAAGUCGACGUUAUUAUCCACAACGGCGCUCAGGUCCACUGGGUCUACCCGUACUCGAUCUUGCGUGGUCCCAACGUCAUCGGAACCAUGUACGCCAUGUCCUUGGCUGCCGAAGGCAAGCCCAAGUCUUUUGCAUUUGUGUCUUCGACCUCGACCAUUGAUUCUGAGCAUUACGUCCGUUUGUCGGAUGCCAUCGUCUCCAAGGGUGGUGACGGAAUCCUGGAAGAUGAUGACUUGAUGGGAUCCAAGUCCGGAUUGGGCAACGGAUACGGCCAGAGCAAAUGGGCAGCCGAGUACAUUAUCAGAGAAGCCGGAAAGCGUGGACUGUCGGGUUGCAUUAUCCGUCCGGGAUACGUCACCGGGGAAUCGACUCGAGGAAUCACAAACACGGAUGACUUUAUUGUGCGUAUGAUCAAGGGUUGCACUCAGCUCGGCCUUUCGCCUGAUAUCUACAACACCGUGAAUAUGACUCCGGUCGAUCACGUUGCUCGUGUUGUCGUAUCUGGUGCUUUCUAUGCUCCGACAACCGAGAAGCUCCAGGUGGUGCAUGCCACUGGUCAUCCUCGUCUACGAUUCAACGAAUUUUUGGGCACUCUUUCCACAUACGGCUACAAGACCAAGAAGGUGGAUUACAUUCCAUGGCGUAUUGCUCUUGAGAGAUACGUUGUUGAAGAAUCUCGUGAUAACGCGCUAUACCCUCUUCUUCACUUUGUUCUGGACAAUCUUCCAAACUCCACCAAGGCUCCGGAGUUGGAUGAUCGUCACGCUGUUGAGGCUUUGAAGUUCGACGGUGAGAACUGGACCGGAGAGGACAAGUCAGCUGGUGCCGGUGUUGAUGAGAAAAUCAUGGGAAUCUACUUGGCUUAUCUCAUUGAGAUCGGAUUUUUGGAUGCACCCGAGGGAACCGGCAGCCUUCCUCUGCCUACGGUUACCAUUCCUAGUGGUGUCAAGGAGGCUCUCGCAAAUGUUGGUGGCCGCGGUGGUGCGUAGAGAGAAAAAUCGGGGCGAUCGCUUUGUACAGAAAGGAGUAGAGUAUAUCAUGCACAAAUAAUAAGACUUUAAUAAUUUUCUAAAAAAAAAUCAUGCACAGCAACUCCAUCU